AUGAAGAUUCAUGAGGUUGCAGGAACCAAGGAGAAUGGCGCCGGCGAGAUCGGAAAGGCCGAUGGGGAUGUUGGGAAUCUGAACAGGACGCAGACGACCAAGAACGGCCAGACACAUCUAACCGAUCUCCCAGAAGAGGCGAUUCCAUCUCCGUUCAGUCUAAACGGAACACUAGAUGGCAUUGGCGAGGCGGCGAGUCCGAGACCUCCAGCAAUCAACAUGCGUCCGUAUGCAGGCCUAAACAGCGUCAUUCACGGCUUCGGACAGCUUGACCUUGACAGCAGCGGGCGUGUCGUCGAGACGAAGGAAGCUUUGAGGGAGGAGGCGAGACUUCAGCUGAAUUACAGGCCCGACGUGACGUCACCAUACCUGCUGCUCGACGUGCGAUCCGCUGACACAUACGAGCAGUCGCACAUCAUCACAGCGAAGAGCUUUCCGUCUUCACUGCUGUCGAGAGAUCGAGAGUCGAAGGACAACCUAGCAUAUAAGAACAAGGAGGGUCGCAUCGUGAUCGUAUACGAUGAGGAUGAGAGCGUGGCGUGUCAGGCAGCUCACACGCUCGUGCAGCGAGGCUACAGCAACCUGUUCCUACUGUCUGGAGGACUGCGUCUCGCCAGCCAGCACUUUCCCGUCGGGCUCACGACGGGAACCGUGCCCGAGACGUGUCUCCGCGAGCGCGUCAGGAAGCGGCGCCCCCUGGUGAAGGCCAGCCAAGCGGAGUUCACCCGGCGUGACGUGGAGGCCCUGCAGGAGACCCUGGAUAGAAUUCACGCUCCGCAACACGACACCGCACGAACGGGGAGGAUGUCCACCAUGACAACGCGAAGCAGCGCACGCAGCAUCCACACCGGCUCCUCGUCCCGCUCGCGCAACGGUGCUGCCCCCAGGCGGAAGUAG